CAUAUCAACAACCACAUGCUACCCUCUUUAGAUCUUAGCCCCCCCAGCUAGCCCUCUCUUUUCCGCGUCUGGCCUUCUCAGAUACCCGGUCUGCACUGCGACCAUUAAUACCGACCGUUGCGCUGGGCGCGAUUAGGCCCGACGCCUUUUGCUUUUCUGGUCACUCUCCUGCGUGCGCUUGCCAUUCUUCGACACCAUCUCGGCAUGAUUUUCACGACUAGACCUCGAGCUUCCUGACCUGUCACAUCGCCCUCGCCGUGGCACGCGCGUGCACAGGACGUGCGUUCGUGCUCCGAUGCCUGGAAUUAAUCAACUGCCGGCAGGCGCAGAGGGCGCCGCCGCUCUGUCGUUCACGUACUCGGGCAUCAGCCUGAUAUGCAGCUGCAUCCUAUGCUGGCUCACGGUCGUUCAUCGCGAAGGAUGGUCAUAUGUCUUUCUCCUGUGCAUAAGCACCGGCGUGAGCACGGUCAUGUCGCUUGCGCAACAGACUCACGACAUUUUCUACUACGAAGACAUCAUUCGGGAACAAUUUCUCCGCAAGGCGCACUUUACUGAAAGUCCCGAGCUUGCCAUUGCCAACGGGUCCUUUGGUGUCGACCUCGUCCUCUACUACUUUCAAUACUGGUCAUACAAUGUUCAGGCUCUCCUCGUCAUGUUCUGGGCCUCCGAGCUUGCGCAAUCCGUUUAUGGUCUCAGCAACCGGCCCAGGACACGCCAGGUCUUCAAGAGGAUCAACAUUGCUGGAAAGGCGAUAUCCUUCAUCUUCCCGGCCAUCACCAUUCUGACGCUCCGAGCACCGAGUCUGCACUCCAACUUUGUGGCCUUCAUUCUGCUUGCGGAUUUGCCCUUGAUGAUCAGUCUAGCCUGCGGUAGCCUGCUCAUGAUUCUGAUAUUGGUCCGCUACAUCAAGACCAAGAAGGGCUUCACCCACUGGGCGCCCGCGAGCUACCAGAACUCUUCGAACGGAGGCGGCACCGCGUCGUCCGUGGCCGGCCAGACAGAGUUCUCCUCGACACAGUACAGCAGUAGCGUCGGCGCGAGGAAGCCCAAGUCGGCGCGUAAGCAGUCUUUCCACGACCGCUGGCUGAUGGUGCGGUUCACAGUGUCAUUCUUGAUCCUUGCGGUCUUUGAGGUCACCAACAUCCUCUUCCAGUUGCAGUCGAUCCGCAACCUCGAGAAUGACAGCAAGCUCACCGAGCCCGAUUUGUCCGUCGCGCGCGCGAGCACGACCUUCUUCCUGUUCCUGCCUGGAACGACGGCUGGCAUAUUCCUCUUCAUCGUUUUCGGCACCACGGCCGGCUGCCGCGCCAAGAUGCGCGAGACGUUCACGCCCAAGUGGUGGCGGAUGCGCCAGGAGCAGAAGAGGGCCGAGCGGGACGGCGGAGGCGACCUCGAGUACAACCACCAAGGAGUGAUGGACACCUACGAGGGGCCCGUAGGCGGCGGCGGCGGCGGCAACAACGGCAAGGGCCGCAUCGUGCGCUCGUCCUCGGUGACGGUGACGUACCACAACAAGGCGAACGGAGACUCGGUCCCGCUCGAGUCCCUGCCGCCGCAUCACCACCACCGGUCCCAGCAAGGCCGCAAGAUGUCAUUCAAGAGCGCCGACGACCUGCUCCUCGAGUCUGACGGGGACACCAACGGCGACAGCGACAAGGACUCGACCAGCGAGAUCAUGAUCGGCGCCGCAGCACCCGCGACUUCCAGCGCCACAACCACCAACAACCACAAUAACACAACAAAAGCAGCCGGCCGCUCGAGAAGCAGCAGCAGCACCGGCGGCACAAGCGAAAACAGUAAGGCGGCGGCGGCGGCCUUUGCCGCCCUGAACAAGCCCCUGCCAAUACCGCAGGACACGCCGAUGGCACGGAUCGCGCACUUCCAGAGCAUCACGCGCCCGCAAACUACCCACUCGCGCACACGAACGACAACGUCGAUACCAGAGCACGAGGGCGAGAGCGACGAGAGCAAGGCGGCGGCCAUGAUGAGCCGGCAAUUUGCGGAGCACCAAAGACGGCAGGUACCUUCCUCGUUGUCAUCAUCGGCGUCGGUCGCCGCGCAAUCACAUCAGCAGCAGCAGCAGCAGCAAGCGCCGAUGCAAAAGGUGCAGACGCUGAGUAGGCAGUGGACGCACGGGAACAGCUCACGAAGUGCUGGCGUUGGCGCUGCCGGAUCUGCCGCCGUAAAUCAGCAGCAGCAGCAGCAACCACAACAGCAGCAGCGUGGCGCGGUGCUCGGCGAAGAGUACUACGGGAGCUCGCCGGAGCAUAGCGAUGAUUCUGGGCCGGUCCUACCUAUCAUGGCCGCGAAGAGAUCGUAGCUGGGGGUUUGAAAGAUUUCGUUGCAGUUUUAGCUUAUAUACCCAUCAAUUCAUUAUACUGUUCCUUUA